ACACUCACAUUCACAGUGGCACUGAGUGGGAACUGACUGCACGGCAGUCAGGAGAGGAAAAUACUCCACCAUUACUGUCCCUUGUAUUUUUUUCCACUAAUUCACAAAACUCCUUUUUUAAACUUAAACAUAAGUCUUUGUGUAUGUAUAAAGCCCCUUAGGAAUGUCAAGAUUAUUCUUGAUUAAAAAGUGAAAAAAAUAAAACGGGAAGUUGAAUUUCCUUUCCCUCCCUGCCUAUGAAAUGUAAAGAAAUACAAAGAAACUGCUCACUCAACAAUUUCCCGAGCGUCAGUCGAGGAAGACCAUGAGGAAUUCAGCUGGACUACUGGUGAUGCUGGUCACAGUUUCGAGAGGUGUGGCCCAAUUCUGCGAUGGCAGAAAGGAUGGAGCUGUGUGUUACGGAACACUGGCAGGAGAUACUUUCCUUCAGCUGAAUGAUGGAAACUACUUCAGAUAUAUUAGGUGGUGGAAAACCACCAAUUACAAGAAUAUAACGACAACAAAACAGUUCAUAAUACCUACAGGGCAGAUAAGGACUAGAAAGUCUGACUUGUCUAAGAUCAAACACAUCUUUUAUCCAACGAGAGGAAUUUUGUGGAUCAAAAACCUGAGCAGGGCUGACAGUGGCAGCUACAGUUUUUCAUUUCUUGCCCGAAAUGGAAAUGCAGGUAUUCAGACACUGUGGUUGUAUGUUGAGGCUCCUAUCACAUCCGUACAUCUGGCCUCUGAGUGUCUGUCCCAAGGCGAGCAGUUGGUGUCUUGUCUGGUGUCCGAGGGUGCCGACAGUGUUGAAUACAGCUGGACUCUGAACCAACAACUGCUGGAGGACAUGGAACUCCUCUCCGGACAUGUUCAAGCCAACACCAUCGUCCUGAAACAGCAUGUCUCAGGAUGGCUGAUCUGCUAUGCUAGAAAUCACAUCAGUAGCCAUUUGAAAGGAGUUUACAUAUCUACUUGCGGUUUUGUGUUUGUUAACUGCAGUUCAAACGGGAUUCUUACAUCAGAAUGGAGGCCUGUCAAUUACUCAAUGUGUCAUGGACCAAUCCAUACCGUCACCUCCUAUCAAAGUUUAGUGUUGAACAUCCGUAACAGCUUUUUGGCAGUGAUCAUUCUCUUAAUGACCGGUAUGGUGAUCUUCUACACUCUGAAGAAAAAAGCGAACAAAACGCAUGAAGUUGAGAAAGACCAGGAAAUAAUGUAUGUUAAUGUACCAAGGGAAAUACUGGUGGAUGCAAGAGAAAGAUGAGAAAGUAUGGCCAAGUUCAGUUUUCAGAGCCUCGAAGAUGAAGAACAAGUUUUUUUUUUUCAUGAACCAAGCCAUGCUAACACACUAUGAAAAUAACAAUCCAUACAAUCAUACAGUGUUAUUAAAAACAAACCAAAAAACCCCCACAGGUGUCGGUGAUGCAUUGAUGCACUAGUGUAUAAAUAAAAGCAAGAAUUACCCUCUAAA